AUGGCGGGUGCGAGCGAAAAACCGCAAGGAUGUGAAUAUGGCGACAAGGAAGAAGAAGCAAAGGGUCCUAAGAUCGGCAGGAAAUAUCAAAUCAUAGAUGUCACAGAAGAAAUCGAGGAGGAUCUAGAAUUCCUAAAAGAUCUGGCAAUAAUAUGCAGAUUCAUAGGCCCGAGGGUUGAACGGAAAAAGAUCUAUAAGUGGAUCAAUGAAACAUGGAAAACCCCCCAAAUCACGAAAUUCAUACAGCGUGGCUUUUUCAUUGUAAUUUUUGCAACGGAAGAGGAAAGAUUGAAAGUACUGGAAGGCGGAGUAUGGUAUAUGGAUUCAGCCCUGCUUUACAUCCAAAGAUGGCACAGGAAUUUCAACCCAUUGAUCACAGAACCAUAUGAGAAACCAGUCUGGAUCCGAUUGAACAAUUUACCCAUGGAAUAUUGGACGGAGGAAGCGCUACAUAAAAUUGGUCAAUCACUGAGUACCCUAAUUGACAUCGACACCGAAAUUGCGGAGGGGGAUUCCUACCUAUAUGCUAGGCUUUGGGUAGCUGCUGAUAGAACGAUUCCGUCUGAAAUUAAGUUACUUGCACAUGGCAAGGAAUGGAUACAGACUGUAGAAAUAGAGGAGGAUAAGGUGUACUGUCUGAACUGCGGAAUGCAGAAUCACCCAACAGGAAAAAUGCAGAAAAUUUAA